AUUCAAUUAUUUAAUUUUCAUAUUCAAAACUGUGACAAUGAAGUUCUGUGUUGCAUUAAUAAGUCUGCUUCUCUGCUUCAGUUUUAUUUUGGCCACACGAAGGGAAUGUCCUACUGUUUGCACAGCGGACUUUAGUCCUGUUUGUGCCGAAGGAUAUUACAAGGGAGAAUUGUUGCGUUGCCAAUUCUCCAACUCUUGCAGAGCGACAGUCAGUGGCUGCCGCAACAGAAUCGACUGGCGUCCAUCGGCUUGCUAUAAACUUUCCAAUUGCGAUGGUCUCGUUUAAUUCUCUGACACACAAAGUCAGCCAAAAGCAGUUUGUUAAAUAAUAUUAAUUACAAAAUAAUAUGAAAUUAAAUUUGCAAUUUAAUCUAUAACUCAAACCCGAUUGAUCUUCAAUGAUUAACCUGAUUUCAGUUCAAUGACUUCAGCAAUAAAAACAGAUGUGCGAAUGAACUAAUUAAAUGAAACGUAAUAAAGAAUAUGACUUCAUUUUUAUAGUUGUUUAACCUUAUCCGGUUUUAUGGGAACUGAAUUAAUAGCAAAUUAUUGUCAUUAACUAUCACUUCAAGAUCUGAGUUUUCCGAGAAUAUUAAAACUUAUUUCAGUAUAUCAGUACUUAAGUCAAUGCACUUAAAAUUACUUAAUUGUAUUAACUUUUCUGACGAACUUCAAUUAAUUUGCAAGGUUACUUACUUCACUACAAGUUCAAAUUCAUUUGCAAAACAUUUUGAAUAAAGUAUAUAUGUACUGCAAUGAAGAGGUUUUACUAUUGUUAUUAAAACAGCUGAGUAAACUGAAUUCACAUCAAUAACAAAUUUGUCAUUAUUUUCUAGUUCAAAAAUAAAUAUUUAUUAAAAGCCAUUUGCAUAUUUCUAUCACUUUUGUCGUAUUGAUAAAGAAACUAAGUUUAAAGUUCACUUCAAAGCUUUGCAUAUUUUAAACAAAUGUUUACCAUAAUCUUCGAGUAUAUUUAACUUAGUAACAAAAAAAAACAUUUCGGUGAUUUCCCAUUAUCGCCAUAAUUAUGGAAUGAUCGUGACGUCAGGUGAAUGAAUAUUUGUAAUCAAUUUGCAUCUUGAAAUAGAGAGAAUAUCACAUAAGCAAAUAGUCGAGAAUAUAAUAAUUAGAAUAUAAUAUAAUAAUAUAGAAUAAGUUUCAAGUUGUUUAUUUAACAAAUUAUAAAUUAAUCAUUUAUUAUCAUCAAUUUGUCUGGUUUGUUUAAUGAAGCUCGAACAUUUCGAUGUAAAAACUGGAUUUACAAAUAUGUUUGCAAAAUCAUACAGUUAUAAAGCUAACUUACAUACAUAUUCUCUUAAUAUCAAUUUAAUAUCAUAUUUAUAAUAUGAGCGUCACGUGACGCUUUCAACAAAAUACCCGUUUUUUUGUUCGUUUUCUAUUGUUUUCUUAAGUUGCUGAUAAGGCAAAUACAAUACACACACGUCAUUCCGCCAAGCCCACAAAGUGUAUAAAUUUGCUUGUGUAUUUGUGUUUGCUAUUAAACCAAUACAGAAGUCAAAUAUUAUUUAAACAUUUGAACGAGCGUCAGCUAACAACAGUCGAUACUCAGCUGCCGAUCGAGCAACAAUAUUAUUUACAAUGAAAUUCAUUCUGGCUAUUUCUUUGCUGCUCUGCCUCAGCUUGAGCUACGAAGUUAAUGCAAGUUGUUCCGGUGAUUGCCCCGAGACUGAAGAUGUUAUUUGGGCUCUCGGCGGAGGUUGCAGCGUUUUCCGCAACAAGUGCUUCUUCGAUAAGGCAAAUUGCACACGCCGACCAGCUCUCCAAAUUGUCACUAAGGAGGAAUGCCAAAAACAUUGCGCCGAUGCUUGCCCACAAAAUUAUGAUCCUGUUUCCGGUGACUACAAAGGACAAAUUCGGCACUUUGGCAAUGCCUGCGAAAAGUUUGUGCACAGCUGCCAAACUGGUGAAACUUUCCUAAACUAAACUACAAUAUCUGACAACAACUGCAUUUCAAAUCGUAACGAGUCUUUAAACCAAUUCGCUGUAACUAAAUUCGCCGCAUUUGCUUUGCAUACAAUUCUCUUUUCUAUGCAAUGCAAUUCUUUGGAUUUCGUAUAUAAGCCUGAUUUACUUACAAAUGACAACAAAGCUUUAAGUCUGUGCAUUGUGUGAAGGUCUAGACAAACUAAGAAUAAACUUGAAUUAUUUGAAAAGUUUGCCAAGUGAUUAAUAAACAUUUCUCAAACUUUAAUAAUAGACUUGCGAAUUUGAUCAAAAUGAAAA